CACUGCCUGUGUCGGGCUGGUGUGGUUUUCCCUGCAACCGUGGAAGGGGAGCAGAGGCUGAGAAAUACUCCCAGGGAGUCAGCGUGCAAAGAGCUCAGAGAGUCUUACAGUAAGGGUCAUUUAAGGCCACGGGGAACCCCUCAGUGUAACUCAUCACAUCUGGGAGACACCAGCCCAGCCCCUCGUUAGGAAAGCUAGGAGGGGAAAUCCAAGCGCUCCAAACUUUGGACUUUUUCCCAGUUCUGGUCCACAUUUGCCUCUCCAGGUUCCAGGCUAACCUGAGCUCUUCUACACAAUACUCUUGUCCUUACUGUUGUGGUUUUGCUGUGAGAGACGGUCUGGCACGUCCGGAUGGAGUGGGUUGCAGAAGGCUUGUGCUGAGUCAACACAGUCCAUGUCUUGUCACCAUCUUUUCCUUUGCAUUAAGUGCACUGAACUAACUCAGGUAUUGCUUGGUUCUUCUCCCGGGUGGCUUUUUCCAGGUACGAGUAUUCCAGCUCUCAGAUGCCUUGCACUCAGCGUCCUCUGCCAGCCAUUGAGCUAAUGAUCAAGAUGCCAACAUGGUCAUCUUUUGGACACUGGGCUGAGACUGCCCUCUGCUCCCAGACCUACAUGGGAGUCACAUGCAUCAGCUCUCUUUUUCACAUGGCCAAUAUUUUUGUUGAAAUGGGUUUCAGCUUUUGGAAUUGUUCUAAAUUUUGAAAAAAAAUCAUGAGGGAUUUUAAGAUUUGGAAUGACAGUUGGCAAGCAGAUGAAUUUUUAUAGAAAUGUCUGAUAACAACAUGGGCUGCCCAGAUUCAUGUCAGGUGUUAGGAUUUUAAAGUAUGUGCCUAGGUGGGGAUGAUGGCAGUUGGAGUCCAGUGCAGCUGGAAGGCACAGGUUGAGUAAGGUCGCCCUGCUUGGCUGAUUUUCCUUCAACUUGUUUACUUUAGUGCCAGCUUCCUUUAUUUGUAUAAUUUGGGACAAAGGGCAUUUCUAGCACAGCAUUGCUCCAAAACGAUCCUGCUUGCCAGGCAUGGCAUGAAAUCCACCGGAAGUAGGUUUCAGGCUCAUUGGAAAAUCCAGUGCAUUUAUUUCUCUUUAAUGCUUAACUUGCAUUUUUGGCAUUCUAAUGACCAGUCUGUCAUGGCAACAGCAGAACCUUCCCCCGAUUUGGUUAGCCUCAUUCGUACAGGAGAGCCGCAUUUUCUUGCAGAUCCCAAGAUGGGGAUGCAGGGCAAGCACCUUCAUUACAAUUGGGAACGGUUUCGUCCUUUAAGCCUCGGCCAUGUCGCUGUGAUGCAGGGAACAUGCUAGAUCUUAAAAUCCUGACUUCAAAGCCACACUUAGGGACUUGUUGCGUCACCUUGAGCAAGCAUCGGCCUCUGUGUUCUUGUCUUUAAAAUGCCAGUAAUAGAAUGUGUGCCACAGUUGCAGGCUGGAUUAGAAAACACUCAGGACAGUGUUAUUUGUAUCAGAUCUAAGUCCGGGUAUGUGUUGUAUAAUUUUGUAGCUUUGACAUUGGGGCAAGAGUUUGGCUUAUGGAAAAUGCUAGCCUCUUUUUCCUUUCCUUGUUAAUUACACCAAAAAGUAACAAGUUUCUAGGCCCUAUGAGCAAAGACAUACUUAAAAUGUCGGGAAGUUACAUAAGGCAUGGAGGUAGGUGGGUUUUGAGAUGUCCAACGAUCGGAUAUGUUGUUACUCCCAUACUUGAUGUCCCCAAGUCGGUUGGAUCAGAUUGUUUUAGUUUAUAUUGCUUCGAAAUUACCAUAAAACAAAAGUUUAAUGAAACUUGCUACAUGUCCAUAGAAAGAUAAUGUAUUUAUAUAAACAUAACAUGAACUCAGAUCACACAGAAUGAACAUAGAAUCCUGGAUCUCGAGCUAAAAUACGUAACUUUAAACCUCUAUUAAAAUCACUCGUGAAUCUCUUUGGCUAGGCAUAGCAUUGUCCUUUAAGAAAGACCCCUGGAAAGAGUACAGUUUAAAAAAAUGUCUAAAAUAAUCUAUUCGAAUUUCCAUUGGCAACUUCUUUUUGUUUGUUGAUUUGUGGAGAAUAUCACUUGGAGACUAUCACUUGGUCUAGUAGAAGGCACCUGUGUUUUCUUUUUCCACCCUCAAACUUUCAAGCUUUGCAGCAGUGAGAACUAGCAUUUUGCUUCCUCUGUUUAAAAAAAAAAAACUUAGAAAAUAGGCUGCACCAAGUUGCAUCAGUGUAGUGUGGCUUUUAAGCAGGCUAGCCUGAGCCUCGAGAGAUCCAGGUUCUAGUGACUGACUUUGGGCUCGUAACAAACCCUCAGCCUAGUCUACCUCACAGGGGCGUCAUUGUGAUGAUAACAUGGAGAGAGAGGGACAAGGUAAGCCGCCUUGGGGUUCCUUGCAAGACGGAGAAAAGCAGGUUGCAAAUGUCAAAAAAACUGUUCCGCAGAAAUUUUAAAAAGCGGGCUGCAUCUGUUUGACUACAUCGCUCGGCAUGUCCUAGAAAAGAUGGGGGUGGAAUUGCGCAGAGUCCAAAAAUUCUAGCGGACGAGGGUUGCAUUUGGUUCUCCCACCUUCGGCGGCAUCCAGUCAUUUCUUCCUGCCUGGAUUUGCUUCCCCCGCCCUGCAAUGUCACUGUGCUGAAGUGCAGCUAAAUUUACCAGGGUUUCCUACAGGAUCCGGGACGGACCAGUUUGGAUGGGUGGGAGAGCUGCAAAACCGGACAUACAGAUGCUUUCCUCUUGCCAGGGUACUGGUCGCAGCCUUGUGCCAAGCCAUGUCUAUGUGGAGAGUCUCUAGCUGGAGAUUUUUUUUUUUUUUAAAAAUCUUGUUUAUUCUCUUUUAUUUUGUAGCUAGAGUACCCAGUUGACUUAUCCGUUCUGGAAUCUACAGCUUCGGUGUGGGCUUAUAAGGCAGCUUGUGUCCUCGAGCUAUUUUUAGCUUGGAAAAAAUGGCACCAGCCCCGUGACUUCAGUUUUGAACACAGCCAGGUCCCGUUCAGGCAGCCUCUUCACCAGGGCUGUGGCAUUCGUUGUGCAUCUUGCUAAUUCUGCCAUAUUACACAGUUACGUUGUUAUGUGAUUGCGGGAGAAGACCGUGAAUUGUUAGUGGUGCUUCCUAUUGAGACUUUCGUGGCCUCGUCAUCGUUUUCUCCCUUUUCCUUGUGGAAUGGUUUUCCUCCUCUCCUGUACUGGGCGAACUUUGCCCUAUGGAGAACUCUGCUCGCCUGGCGAUCAUGGACUAGGAAUUUGGAGUGUUGCAUGGAUGAAAGGAAAGAGGCAAAGAAUUUUACUCUGGGGGAGAAAGAGAAUACAUUUAUCUAUUCUGCACCAUGAUUUGGCAGCUGAUGCCAGAUAGAUGAGCAUCGCUCCAGAUUCCCAUUUCUAGUUGUGUGACUCCUGCAAAACUUCCUUGAAAUUUUGGAGGGGAGAACGUGGGUGGUAAAACUCACCUCUGGGGUUGUGGAACAAGAGUCAGUCAGUCCAGAAUUGGAUCCCUCAAUGUUUGGAUUGUUUCUUCGCUUAAAACAACUGAUUAGGGCGGGAAGGCUGGCCUGAAGCAGAGGAAGGCUGGGCUGCUGUUGAGAGGAGGGGUCCCCCAGCAAAAACUCCCCCUUGGAGGGCUCCUUAUGCUUCAGCUUGCUAAAAACAGUGUCUUCUAUCGGCCGGCUGACCUUAAAUCCCACAUCACCACGCCGGGCUUGCAAUCAACACCAGCCUGUGUGACUUGGUGUGGUGCCUGCAGUCAAGUGUUUGCACGCAUGCCCGUGUGAUGGAGGCCGUAAACAUCAGCCGACUUCCAAGCCUUCGCAGAUCUUAGCCAGAGCUCCCCUUUGUCCUCUCCUUCGAACACGCUGCCCUGCUGAGCACUUCUGGCCAUGUACGGCUUUGCUCACUGAAGGCUUGGCUGUUCUGUAGCAGGUAGCAGAGCGUAGUGAUUCCAGCAGAGGUAAAGGAAGACUAGAACCCACUCGCUCCGCUCUCUGUUUUCUCCAUCCUGAUGCUGUCCAGACCUUUUUUUUUUCAUUUUCAGAUGUAUUGUGGACUACAAUAGAGGUAUUGGACUACAACUCCCAUCAUCUGUUUGGAGAGCAUGAGGAUGGGAAGGGCUGGUAGAAGAGAGGAACAGAGGGUGAUGUUAAGCAAAAACUUUGCUUCCUUGGGCGUAACCACUGGAGACGGACAAGAUGGCGCUCCGCUUCCGCACGUUCCUUCCGUUCGCCAUCCCCGGAGUGCUGGCGCUCAUCGGCUGGUGGUGGUUCUCUUUGCGCAAAAAGGAGCACGCAAGCAAUCAUGGCAGACGAGGCUCGGCCAGCUUACUAGAGCAGAGGGUGGGCUCUCCCAAGAGGGCGCCUUGCUCCAAAGAAGACACCCCCUUGGACAGUGAAUUUUCUGCACCUCAGGAGGCCGCGCAGCCGUUUGAGCCGUCGGCGGAUUGGCCUUCGACGGAGCACAGUGCACAGGGUGGUGAUUCCUCAAGAGGAGACCGGCCCGUGGUGCCAAAGGCGGCCCUAGGGUCCGGCGCGCUUGGGGAUGACAGUGGGAAACUGGAAGUGCUGGGGUGUCCGAGCGUUUCUGGGCCCCCUGUGCCGGAGUCUUCCAUUCCGGACGUGCAGGUGGCAGAGGAGGAGUCCCUUCCGUGUCAGUUGCGCGAGGAGCGUGCCUCCACACAAGUUGCCGCUCAGGUGCUGUCAGCAACGUUGACAGCCCUUCAGACAGAGGCUUCGUCUUGGGAGAAAUCGGGCGCUUGCCGUGGGCCGGUGGCAGCGCGAGACGUUCCUUCAGCCCAGUCUGUGAAAGACGACCGGCGGCCCGUACCCUCGGGAGAUGCCUCCUGGCCUGCCCCCUCCCCUGAUGUGGCCAAAGGAGCCCUCCCUGACCCCCCUUCGGAGGCUGCGGAAGUGAAAGCUGUCAAUGGUAGUGUCGUUGGUGAGGCGGAGACGGAGGCUGGCGUGACAGAUGACGAAUGCGUGGGACCCGCCAGCUCAGAAUUGGCCCAGGAAGUCAAGACGUCCAGAACAUCCUCUGGUAGCGCGCUGAAGAAUCAAGCCUUCGGAGAAGUUGGACGCCGGAGUAGCUCAGAGAAAGACAGGGCUGGAGGCAUCGCCUUGGACAAAGAAGAAGUUGAAAAGAUUGAGGAGGUUGCCAUCCAUAUAAUUUCCAACGUGAUCCGAGCUGCCACCGAGGAAGUACUGUCUGCAUCUGUCCCCGAUGUGUCCGACAGGAUGUGUCAAACGCCCAGCCAUGCUGAGGAGCCCACAGGAAACGUGCCCGCGGCAUCCUGCCAAGGGGAUGAAUGUUCGGCAGACGCGGUUGAACCUUCCCCCCUGUCAGAAGAGAACGUCAGUCGCUACGCCAUCUUCUCAAGCCAGUUGAUGCAUGGCCGGCUGGUCAACCCAAAUUUCGGCCCGCCCAGGGACUCUGUAUGUGCUGUGGACCCCACCAGCACCACAGUGGGGAACCACGAGGAGGAGUUUGAAGACCCUCACACAGCGACAGAUUCUGGUUGCAGCGCGUGCACCUCGGAAGAUGGAGUGAGUGCGGAGGACCUUCUGAAAAGCUCCUCUUCUCCUGCUUUGGGGCAGCUCCUGGAUUCGCUGAGCGUGCCCUCAAAGAAAGACUCUGAGCACAAGUCGGCCUCUGGCAAGAAACCUCCUUGCCCAGCCGUGGCGGAGGACAAGGCCCCAUACAGCAACGGGACGCUGAAGGACGGCUGCCCCGCUCUGGGCUGUGAACCGCCGUGGCCCGCAGAAAUUGAUGGCGAUCACUCAGGAGGCUCAGAUGUUAAUAGCAUGGACUCUGUGGACAGUGACUGUGCUCUCCAGAAGAACGGCAACUCGAAGGUGGAAGCGGACUCCGGCAAGAUUGAGCUGGUGAUCUGGGAGAUAGAAGUACCAAAGCACUUGGUUGGGCGUCUGAUAGGCAAACAGGGGAGGUAUGUGAGUUUCCUGAAGCAGGUGUCUGGUGCCAAAAUCUACAUUUUCACACUGCCUUACACCCAGGAUUUCCAGAUCUGCCAUAUAGAAGGCUCUCAGCAAAAUGUUGACAAAGCGCUGAGCUUGAUCGGCAAGAAAUUCAAAGACUUGAGCCUGAACAACAUCUAUGCUCCGCCGCCACCUCCGUUGCCACUGCAUUCUCUCCCCAUGACCUCCUGGCUCAUGCUUCCCGACGGGGUCACUGUGGAAGUGAUUGUGGUCAACCAAGUCAACGCCGGACACCUCUUUGUACAACAGCACACACACCCCACGUUCCACGUCCUCCGCAAUUUAGACCAACAGAUGUAUCUCUGCUAUUCCCAACCCGGGAUCCCAACCAUGCCGACUCCGGUGGAGGUCGGUGUCGUCUGUGCCGCCCCGGGCAUGGAAGGCGCAUGGUGGCGGGCGCAGGUGGUCGGCUAUUUCGAGGACACCAAUGAAGUGGAGAUCAGAUACGUGGACUACGGCGGCUACGAGAGGGUCAAGGUUGACAUGCUCCGGCAGAUCCGAUCGGACUUUGUUACACUACCUUUCCAAGGAGCAGAAGUCCUGUUGGACAACGUAGUACCGCUUCCAGAUGAUGAUCAUUUUUCAUCUGAAGCAGACACAGCUGUUAGUGAAAUGACCAGGGGUACACCUUUGCUUGCCCAGGUUACAAAUUACGACAGUGCAACAGGUUUACCCCUAAUACAGCUGUGGAGUAUGAUAGGAGACGAGUUGGUAUCGAUAAACCGAACUUUGGUGGAAAGAGGCUUUGCUCAGUGGGUCGAAAACUAUUAAUUCUCCGUGGCUGUUUUCCUGAGACGUCUUCCCUGUGCCUCCUCUUCCCUUCUCCCGUUCUAUCUUUGUCUCCUUUUUUUGGCACUGUUUCAGAAUUAGGUUUGGCAAUCCUCUUUCCUCCCUCCCUCCACUCCAUAGACAAAAAGCAAAUAUGUACAUUUGUGGUCUGUUGGGAUGUAUUCACCUGACAGACAACAGUUUGUACUGCAUACCUCAUUUUGCAGAAAGGCAGGGAGUUGAAUGACGUAAAGCCAUAAAGAAACUGCAGCUUUAAAAUCCGACUCCCUUUCCUUCUCCCUGACCUGGGUCCAAGCUCCAAAAAAAUUACCAAUAAUCUAGUGAACAAAAGAAAAUUGACAGGAGGGUUGUAAAAGAAUCGUCCAUGCAGGGCUUAAACUGUGGAUCGAACCUACCCAUAUUUCCUAAAUUGACCGCUGCCUUAAAAUUAAACUCGUGUAGUAGGUAAAAUUGCUUUCAUAUGUCCCCUUCACCUUCGCCCCCACAAAAAAAAAAAGUUGUAAAAGAUUUGACUCUUGGGAGCGCAUCACAGAUAAUGUGGACUUGGAUCUGCUUCCAAACAGCAAAAAUUAGCUCGAUUCACUUCUGGCUGUAGGUAAUUGAACGAGAUGGUGAAAAGGGCAGUGCCGCUUGUGAUCUAUUUGUUGACUUUGGUUUUAAUUAAGGCUUGGUUUGUGAAAGAAGCAGAAAGUCGCACUGGGCAGACCUCCCUAAACUAUAUGAUUAAGACAGACACUUACAGCUGCAGCCGUUUCAAUCCCCAGAAACAUGGAUUAGCUCCCACAAAUGCUUGUCAAAUCUGAUUGUAAUUCUUAACUGUUUUCUAGCUGUUAAAAAUCUGUGUAAAUAUAUAUAAAAAAUCAUUGUAAUAUUUUGUACAAGAGAAAAAAAACUGGCUAACUAAAAAGGGAACUUCAAAACAAAAUCAUCUUUUUUUCCACACCAAAAUGUAGGUAGAAACGGUUUGGGGUGUAUCAUUACAGCGAAGUGCUAGAAGGUGGGAGAGUUGUGAUCUCUCCUGGACAGAAAAUCUUUUAACUCUAGCUUGCUUGCUGUAUGGUAGGAACGGUAAUCAACAAAAUCUUUGCUACUUUUUUGCUGUACAGAUCUGACUUAAAAGGAAAAAAAGCAACAUUUGGAAUUAAUAUUGCAGUGGUGUGUCUCAAUUUUUUCCUCCUUUUUAGAUUGGUUUCAAAUGUGGAAUUUACAAAAAAAUGAGUAAUUUAAGCUAAUUUAAUACUAUUAAAUAUAAACAAAUUUAAACAUG